AUGAUAGCUGGAGAAUCUGGAGAUGAAGAAUUUAUUCCUAAAUCAAAAGUAGAGAAAGGUGAAGUACCUGAAGGUCCCAAGGAAGCCAAAUUUCUUACACGUAGUGUAAAUUCAAAUGUACAUGGAGGUGGUAAUCAUCGUGAUACAAAAGUUAGAAGAACUAAAGAAGGAACUGUACUUCGAGGGCGAGGUUCUACACGUUAUCAGAAAGCAGAAGAUAAGUUCACAUAUAGACGUGACAAAGUACCUGAGUAUGUUGAGAAAGCUUCUAAAAAAUUAAUUUCAUCAAAUAAACUGAAUGAAUAUCUUGAAAAAAAAGAAAAAGAACGAGAAAGUAAGGACAAAGAUGGUGAGAAAAGUGCAAAUGCGAAUACAGUAGAACAAAGUACAGGAAACAUCCCAUCAUCGGAAAAAGAAAAAGAAAGUGUGACUGAAAAAAAAGAAAGAAGUGUUAGUAGUCGUCGAUCAUCAUCACGAUCAUCAAGAAAUACCUCUAAUAGUGACGAUAUUCAAAAUUUAUCAUCGUCCGAAAAUUUGCAUAAUACUUCUCGUGAAAGCUCUGUCUCAUCUUAUUCUUCCUCAUCCUCUUCUGAUGAUAGUAUGACAAGCUCUAAAGAGACCUCACCCACUCCAGAUAAAUUAGUCGACAAGCCAUUAAGUUAUUAUAAGGAUAAAAUACCUCCACCUUCAAUGGAAUGGAAACAUGGUGUUGUUGAUGAGAAACCUCCACCAGAAUUUACAAGAAAUAGAAAUCGUAGAUACUCUAGAUCACAAAAAGAUAAUGAACGAAAUGGUGGAGAAAGAACAAGUAGAAGAAGAUCACCUUCUCCAGAUAGAAAAAAAGUCUACACAUCAUCCAGUACUACUAGGACAAGAAUAUCACCUUCCCCAGAUAGAAAAAAAGUAUGCGUAUCGUCUAGUGUUACUAGGAGAAGAAAAUCACCUUCUCCAGAUAGAAAAAGAGUAUCCAAAUCACCUGAUAAUGUUAGGAGAAGAAGUAUCACUCCUAUUGAUAAAAAAAGAAGUCGUACACCACCUGUUUGUCGUAGUAGAACUCCAAAUGAUAGAAUUAAAAGUCGUUCUUCUUUUAAACACUCAUCCAGUCACGAGAAACAUUCUAAAUUAUCUCCUGCAAGAGGUACAAACGGAUCUAGUAAUGUUUCUAAUAGAAGAGGCCGUAGUCACUCAUCACCAGGUUCAUCUCCUGACUCUUACCGUGGUCGAAAUCGUUAUCGUCGUAGCAGGAGUAGUAGAAGAAGAUCUUCUUCAUCUUCCUCAGAUUCAGAAAGAAGUACUAAAAGUAUUGAGAAGAAUGUCUCAAGAUCGGUUUCUUCAUCGUCUUCCAAUGCAUCAUCAAAUCAUCGUCAUAGAUCAAGAACAAACUCAAUAAAAAAAAGAGAUUAUCGUAGAAGAAGUCCAGAAAGGAAAAGAUUAAGAUGGGAUUCACGUGAUAGGGAUCGUUACUACAGAUCUCCUAAUGAUUAUGGAGGACGUAACAAAAGGAAAAGACACUACAGUAAUUCAAAUGAUUCCUCAUCAUCUUAUGAACGUCCAAAAAAACGGGAUACUCGUGGAAGAAAUUAUUCUUCAAAAAAAUUUUCCUAUCGUUAA